AUGAAUACGCGGAAGUUUCUCCCUCUCCCUGCUGCGCGGCACCGAUUAUUGCAGGCAAGAAUCGCAGUGCAAUGGAGACCUCAAUGGGUCUGCAGCUCUUGUAGAGCGAAACCGCAUUCUGUGGCGCGAUUCUCAACAAGCGGGCGACUGCUGGAAAAGCCUUACUAUGUUACAACUCCAAUCUUCUAUGUUAAUGCUGCUCCACAUGUCGGUCAUCUCUACACCAUGGUCCUCACGGAUAUUCUCAAGAGAUGGCAAGUCCUGAGGGGAAAGAAAGCUAUUCUCUGUACUGGAACCGACGAACACGGCAUGAAAAUACAGCAAGCUGCCCAGCAAGCCCAGACCCCGCCAAAAGAGUUCUGCGAUUUGACCGCUGAGACUUUUCAGUCCUUGGUAAAACGUGCUGGGCUAUCCAAUGACCAUUUUGUUAGGACCACCGACUCGGAUCACAGAGAGGCGGUUCAGUACUUCUGGCAGAUGUUGAAGGAGAGAGAAUACAUAUACGAGUCCAAGCACGAAGGCUGGUAUUGUGUCAGUGAUGAAACUUACUAUCCGGAAUCAACGAUAGAGAAGAGACUGGACCCAUUUACAGGCCGUACCUUCAUGGCGUCGCAGGAAACUGGGAAGGAAGUCGAGUGGACCUCUGAAAAGAACUAUCAUUUCAGGCUGUCCGUGUUUCAAGACCGGCUCCUGGAAUUUUACAAAGCAAAUCCUAAGUUCGUCGUCCCUGCUUCCCGCAUGACGGAUGUUGUCAAAUGGGUUUCGGCAGGUUUGGAUGACCUGUCAGUGUCAAGGCCUGUUGAAAGGUUGACUUGGGGAAUUCCAGUACCAGAAGAUGAAAGCCAGACGAUCUACGUUUGGCUGGAUGCGCUAGUCAACUACAUUACCAAAGCUGGGUACCCAUGGGCUCCUGGGAAGGAGAACGCCCUAGGCUGGCCCGCAGACGUGCAAGUGAUUGGCAAAGAUAUUGUGCGAUUUCACUGUAUUUACUGGCCCGCUUUCCUUCUCGCUCUCGAUAUCUCACCUCCCAAACAGAUUCUCACCCAUGCACACUGGACGCUCAACCACCAGAAAAUGGCCAAAUCCACUGGCAAUGUAGUCAAUCCGUUUUUCGCAAUGGAUCGGUUUGGGGUAGAGGUAAUGCGAUACUACCUUGCCCAUGAUGGCGGCAUUACUAACGAUGCGGACUAUGGAAACGAUUUCAUCAUCGAGAGGUACAAGAAAGGUCUCCAAGGUGGACUGGGCAACCUCGUGAGCAGGAUCACCAGACCCAAAAUCUGGAGUGUGUCCCAAGCAGUCCAACGUGCGAAAGAAGGGAAACUUGGAGUUCCGAAUCAAAGCACCAGAGAUCAGAUAGAAAUGUUAGAAUCUUUAAGCGAAGCGGCCAAUGCAAAGAUGGAGCAGUUGAUUCCCGGAGCCGCGCUGCAGAUCAUCAUGGAUGCGGUGUAUAAGACAAAUACUUACCUCCAGUUUCAGCAGCCGUGGGCUCUUGUAAAAUCACUCGGUAACGGACUAGACGAGGGCAGCGGCGAAGCCACCCAGGCCCAGAUUGACUCCACGGUAUACCACUGCGCAGAGGCUAUCCGGAUUGUGGGCAUCCUCUUGCAGCCGUAUAUGCCAUCGAAGGCGGCACAGCUGCUUGACAUGAUAGGUGUAGAUGUUUCACGACGGACGUUCAGCGAUGCGAGUUUUGGAGCUGACGACUCUUACGGAAUUGCGAUUAUUCCACCGGGACGCUGUGCUUGGGAUGGUCUGUUUCCGCCGUUGCCGGUCGAGACUUGA